AUGUCCCCGACGGCGUGGGCAACGGCCUUGCCGCGAUCGAUCUCCGUCUUCACCAUUUCGACAAGAUGUAGCACCCAAAAUCACCUCUCAAGUCGAGUGCUCAUGACCCUGAGGGUUGCGAGGCCCCAAGGCAUACGCUUCGUUGCCAAUGCCACGACUGUUAAGCGCCCACCUCCGUCAAGUGUGGUUGCGUCAAGUCCGAAGUCAAGCCGAAGCCCAUCCGGGACCAGCACGUCCGCAGCCGCGACUUUGAACUCACCGCGACCAAACCGCGACUCCCUUUCAUUUGCCGAGCGGCUGGCCCGUUUGAAGGAGCCAGCCGUGCUGUACAAAGCACCACCACACAGGUUUUACCGCUUUUCAUGUUAUAGCAGUGGGCUCUUCUGCAUCAUGUAUGUGGGCUAUCACUAUACGACCAGCGUGUUAUAUGCACCGCCGGACGUUACAUGGUGGCUGCCGCACGCCUUUGCGGUCAUUGUGGCCGUGAUGGGAGUUCUGGGCGCAUACUUUAUUACAGGUGCUUGGCGUUUGGUGCGCGUCAUCCGUGCGGUUCCUCGCGCGCCCGGGAGCGCCCCGAAACUACUACCUCAAAUGCGAAGGACGGCAGCACAGAGAGCCGCAGCGGCCGCAGACGCCGCUGCGACGCAUCAAAUGCCUAUACGUCUCGAGGUCACCGCCACGCGGUUGCUACCGUUCUUUCCGCCCAAAGUCACCCUGGUUGAGCCCGCCGACUUGGUCCUGCCUGCUCAGUAUGUGAUUCUGCGCCACAUGGGUGAGCAUGUCAAGAACCCGGAUCUCGCAAAGAGCAAGUUGGGAGUCAGGGAACAGCUACAGGCUAUCAAGGACGCCAAGGCCAGAGCUAUCGCAGAGGCAGAGUACGACAAGCGCAAUCUUCUCACGGCCCCCUUUCGCCACAUGGCUCGCGCUUUCGGCACCAUGUUCAGGACCCUACAUAGAUCGUUGACCAGAGCCGGCUUCGUCAACAUAGAAGCUCAAGGCAAGAAAUACAAACUCGAUGUGAUGGAAUCAUGGGCACUGGAGGAUGGACGGGCCUUAGAUCGCUUGGUUCGUGUACAGGAGCGGUCGAACCUCAUUACUGCUUUCCCUCAGGAGCGCAAAGCAUGA